CUUCUACAGUCGACGGCGGACGGCCGCGAGCGUUCUCCGAUACAUUCACUCAUGGAAAAUAAAUUAAUUUAAAAUGCGGUAAAACAAAACAAUGAAAGUGAUAAUUAUAAAUGAAAAGUAGUCGACAAGUAUGAAUAAGUUGUAACCGAAUAAAAAGAAAACGUGUGAACAUCAGUAGAUGGAAGUAAUCAACUAGAUAAAAAGUUUUUGUGUUUGGUGUAAAGUGUCAGGAGUGAUUCUAUAACUUAGUGAUAUUUGAAAGAUUGUAGUAAAUGAAGCAACACAUCCUCCGGUGCAGAAGAGUGUUUGAUGCGGCCAGCGAAUAAGGCUUGAUCCACCUGCAGUUCAGUCACAAUACCAAAUGGAGAACAAAAAGAUCCCGCCGGCGACGCAGCAGCCGCUCACCCAGCAGCACCUGAUGGCACAUCACGUGCACCCCGAACAGAUCUACUCUCAGCAUCACCCUCAACUAUCCCACCUAAGUUCUUCACAAACAGGCCAAAUACAACCAAAUGGCGUCAUGCACCAGUUACUACAGAGUCAGUAUCACUCGAACAUGAAUGCACGAUCUCCGCUCCUUGAAAACAGACACGAUUUGUAUGGUACUGGUCACAAUCACGAUUACGCCCGACAUUAUGGAGCAAAUGAUAACUAUAAUUACCCGCAGUCACCACCCAGACACGAAAGGACAGAGGUGCACACAGAUCAGAAUGUUAAUCAUGAGCUACUUCACAAUAUACCUAAAGGAUACAAUGCAGAAGUCUAUCAAGAUUACUUAAAACGAAACCCACCGAAAGAUACCAAUCAAAUAUACCAAAAUCAUCAACCUAUGUAUAGGCCUAAUGUUAAUCCUAAUCAGUAUGGAUCCAAGCCAUAUCUUCCAUAUUCUAAUAGAAUAGGACCACAGAGUAACACUGAAUUAUUACGUAGACAAUAUAGUGAAAUUCAACAAAUGAAACUGCAGCAACAGCUUCAUUAUCAAAAUCAGGCACAAAUGCACCAACAGCAGAAGUUCGCUGAAAGGCAGUUGUUACUUCAACAGAUCCAUGGAGUACAGCCACCACCUAACUUACAAAACAGUAUAUACUCAGAUGGUUCAUACAGAGACUUGGAUAGGUACAGUAGUAAGAACGACUUCAAAGAGUACAGUAGCCCUGAUAUACAAAAAGACAUCGAUAGCUAUGCUAAAAACAAUGAGUACAAAGAGUAUGAAAAGCAAAAUAGACAGUAUGAAGCUCAGUGGAAUCAAAACCAGCAAGCCGAAUACAGAGAGCAGGAACAACAGUACAGAAGGCAGUUAGAAGCGGAGAAAGGAAAAAGCCAGUCUCCACCAUCAGAUUACAAAAACCAAAGUCAAAAAAAUAAUAUGAGUGUCGCAUCACCCAUGAAAUCUAGCGAAUCUAGUACUCCAAGUGUGAAGUCUCCAUCUUCAGACAGUAGGAGAAGCAGUGGGGGAAACCAAGCAUUGAGAUCACCAAUAGCGCACCGUGUACCAUCUGCUCCGGUGACUAUGUCUGGGAUCUUGUACAAACAAGGAUCAGACGGAUUAAAAGUGUGGAGAAAGAGGUGGUUCGUUUUGUCGGAGUACUGCUUGUUUUACUACAAAAGUCAAGACGAAGAGAAACUUCUUGGUUCAGUGCUGCUGCCGUCAUAUAAAGUAUCGAGUUGCACCGCGGAAGACAAAGUGCUUCGAAAGUUUGCAUUCAAACUAGAGCAUGCGAACAUGAGAACUUACGUCCUCGCUGCGCCUGACCAGGAGGCCAUGAUGAAAUGGGUGAAGUCGUUGACCAUGGCCGCACUCAUGCAGAGCCCCAAUGAGCAGCCGCAAAAACAGAUCGAUCGGACAGCUGCGAAAACCGAGGAUGUCGAUGAAAUACCAACCUACGCGAACGCUCCACCGAAACCAAGGCGCUCUAAUGAAGGAUACAAUUCACCUAGCCCUGACAUGUACGAUCCAAACUAUGACUUACUCAAAAAGCCAGCAUCACACUACAGUCAAGGCACUAGUCACGCACGAUAUCAAGACCACGCAAAUUAUCCAGCCAGUCCAAACCAAGAGCCUACAUACACUCGCAGUCCGCAAUCUCCACCGCCAGUACAACAACAACCACAGUAUCAAACAAAACGACCACCUUAUGAUACGCAACAUCUCUCCCUGCCAUUAACAAAUACAGUCACCGACAAACUUGAGAACAACCAACCCAGUACCUCAUCUAUGUAUAAAACUAAUCCACAAUCGCCUUAUUUUGAUAGGAAUAGAAGCCAGCAGCUAAUGGCACAAGAAAACAGGGAACAAAAUAUAUAUGAAAGGCAAUCGCAACGUAAUCCUUUCCUGCAAGAUACUACUCCUCAGACGGAAACAUCUAAAGAUGAAAUAAAUGAACCCCAGAAGAAUUCUCGGUCGAAUAUGAAGGAAGAAAGAUCUGAACCCGUUCACAAUGAGUCAUCACAUAAUGAUAGCAGAAUUACCGCUAAAUCUAAUAUUGAUUUAAAUGCAUACAAUAGAGAUAUGUACGGAGAGUUGAGUUCUAGACAGGGAAGAGCGGGAAGCGCAAUAAACGAACGUUUAAUGGCAGAAAGGCGGACACCAGAUGCUUACGGUAGAUCUACAACAAUGUCUGCUUAUAACAAAGGCAAAAUGGGCGAUUAUGAGGAUGUCUACUCACAAUAUGUCACAGAAAAUGAAUACGGUAAAACUUACGCCAAAUCACCAAACCCGUCUCAAGGCGACGCUGUGAGCACAUCCUCUAAUCAACAGCAACAACAAAAGUUGCCUGGAAACUAUCCCCAAGAAAAGACAUUCAGUGGACCUUCAGUUCUAAGGCGAAAGAAAAUGCAAUCAAGUGGAAUUCAACCUCCAAUGCCACGUCCGCAUAGUGCAGAUUUUCUUGAAUAUGAAUCAAAAGCGGAAAUGUUGAACAGAUCCGCUCCCUCUCGCUCAGCGUAUGAUUCAUACAAAGAACCACAACGGCCUAAGUCCAGUCUGGACAUUAAUUCUUACUACGAUCCCAGUUCUGAUAAAUAUUAUUCUGAAGAAAGUUACGCAGAAAAAAUGCGUCAAUCUGCACAGUAUUUACAACCAGGACUCGUUCCAAGUGUCGUUCCAAAGAAUAUGGAGAUCCCUCUCGCGAAUUAUGCUAGCGGCUUAGCAAAGAAACAACUCAGCACUGCGUAUUCACAGAUGACGAAUAAUAAUUAUGAAGCCGAAUUUAGUUCUAAUCGGGAUAAUGUGAGUUAUAAUUCCAAAUACGGCGAUUUAGAGGCAUUGAAUUCUAAUUGGACAUUAAAAGAGAAAGAAAUACAAAAGGAGUAUCUAAAUAGAAGUGGUAGUGUGAUGAGUGAUGGGUCUAACGUCAGUGGAUACGUUAAAGAAGCAGCCAAAUAUGAUACUAAUGCUGAUGGUUUUAUGAGAUCUGCAAGUGCAAGGUUACCAUCGACGUCGACAGAAAAAGAGGGCGAAAAGAAAGUGCAACAGCGCGAAGAGUCAAUGAAACGAUUAUUGGAAUGGAAGCAAAGGAUGUUGCAAUCACCUCUGACCAGAAAAAGUACUCCCGCAACGAUAUCUCUAGCCAGAUCUCUCAAUCAUAGUCGCCAGUCUUUACGAUCAGACCAAUAUAAAUCCAAAACGUAUACGAAUGCAUCAUACAAUAGCUAUUCUUCCGAUGAUGAAGCUUCUAUGACAAUGUCAGGCGCGCAUACGGAUUCUGGUACAAAUAAUAACUCAAAAAGUCAGCAAGCAUUGUCAAAGAAAGCUUUUCUCGGAAGUAAUACGUCUAUUGGAAGAAACAGUCGGGACGCCAAUAUACCGGUACGAGCAGUGAGCCCAAGGGUUAGAUGGGUGGAAGACAAACAAUCUAACGACCAUUACGGCUCACAACAAAUGUCGACGUCUCAGCAAAACCUAAACACACUGAAUACUACGGAGGACUCUUGGGCUUCCGCCAGAUCACCAUCUAGAGCAUCUCAGCAACCUGUUAGAGCCGUGAGCCCUCGAGUCCGAAGGAACACAGAAAAUGAUGAAAUGCAAAGAGGGGUGCAGCAGCCGAAUCAAAAUGAACAGUUAGGGGAAAUUCCUACUGCUGGAGAACUCCUUGGUCGAACUCAUGAAGAAUUGGUGUUGCUCUUGAUUCAAUUACGAAGACGCCAUGCGGCGACCCAUCGGGCCAUCGAGCAGUGCUGCGCUCAAAUCAGUAGUAUUGAGGAUUGUCUCAGUUCUUUGAAAGCAAUGGAACGGGAAGAAAGUCUUCAACGUCUUGAAUUCCUUAAAAAUCAGUUAAUGGAGCUGGAGCAUCAGUAUGAAAAAAGCAAGCCUCUUGUCCAACUAGUGGACAAUAUGGUCAAGCUAGGAUCUCUGUACAAUAGGCCUGGUUCAACCAUAGAAAGGUUGGAAAGAAACCAGAGGCUACGCCAGAAAGUUCUAGCUGAACAUGCUCUGGAACAACAAAGAUGGCUCGAAAGCGUGGCUGCAGGCAAAUCUUUGGAAACUGAAGCAGCUAGAGCUAGAGUGGCUGAGCUAUGGGCAUUAGAACAAGAACUUUCUGAUGAAGCCGCCAUAUUGCAAGGCCUUAGAACUGACAAGGAUGCUAUUGAGAAUUUACUUUCUGGUGUCCGCGGAAAACUGGACAGUGUCCAUAAAGGCGAGAUAAACGUCGACGUCAACCCUACAGCGCCUCGAAGACCAACAGCUCCACCCAGUCAUGCAGCAGGAGGUCUCGAAGAGGAACUAGCGCGCGUGCAACAGAUGUUGGCACACAAUUCUAAGAAAUUGGAGCAGACGGUUGCGGACAACGCUCGGUUGGAACGUGAGCUGCAGCAGCUGAGGCGCGCGCUGCAGGCGAGGCGAGCUGCUGGACAUCAGCACCACGCAGCCAACCCCACAGCCAUGUUGGAAGACGAAGUGUCACGUGUCCAACAACUGGUGACAGCGUUGCAGCGUCAGCGCCAGGAGCUGAGUCGUGCUGUAAGGCAUCUGACCCAACAGUCACACGCGCUACAGAAUACACACGAUUCAAUGCCUGGAAAACGUCGUCCCAUGUCUUCGUGGCAAGAGACCAACCUGGACACAGGCCACACCAUUGACCACGGUCACUCUGACUACGAUUAUGACGUAGGACCGUUGAUGCCUCCUGGUCACUACGAUCAUUCUAAUGUUGAAACACCCCUCUACGUGGACACUAGAGGUCCAGGUGCUGAUGUCACUUCGCCGCUUAAUAGUGAAGAUUUACAACAUGCUGGUUUCAGCAACCUAACGAAUGUAGAGAAACAGGAGAUAAAAACGGUCCGCAUAGUCAAGCGAGAGAGCGAACGGCGACAACGAGACAGGGAACGCUCCCUCCAGCCCAUGUCUGAAUGGCAUACCAACAACAUCACAGCCAAUCUAGACCAAUUCCUAGAGGAAGAACUCGUACAAUCACUUAACUACUCUCGAUCAGCAUCGCUACCUCGAAACGAACAAUACGAGCAAGUAUACGGCAUGAGACGUGACAAUAAUUACUUGCAGCCGAACAUGGAUCUCAGUCCCAAAUACGUGUCGAGUCCAUCUCUUUCCAACUACGAUUAUUCGCAAAAUAUGUCUUCCCUGAGCAGUAGUUACAACAAGAGCUACGAUCGAUCUGGAUAUGACCGCACAAUCUCUUUGUCCACACAGUACUUAAACAGUCCCACGGAUAGUUCCAGGACGUUGACAAAUGAUCCUUUAUCAAAGACCAGCAGUGUGGUUAGUUUGACAAGGUCACAUAUGGAGCUCUCUCCAAUAUUUAAGAGUGAGGCGGCUAAACAAAUCAUAACAGAGAUGUCUGGUGAUGCCCCUAAGAAUGGUUCCUUGCAUAGAAGACAGGUGCCGAAGGAGAAGAGAAGGCACUAUACUGCACCUCAUCAUCUUAGUGCUAAAACGCUUAACGAAAUGCCCAAGGAUGCGUAUAAUCAAGACAAGAUGGGUCGAUCAGUGGAUGAUGCGGAUAUGGAGCGAGCCUUGCGUGGUGCGGCUCCAGACGUGGUGAGAUCUGCACUGCCACCACAAGCACUCAGAUUGGCUGACAACACCAUUGACCAGUUACUCGCUGCACCACAGAAAAUCCUCAUUCCUGAGAGAUAUAUUCCGGAGAAGCCUCCAGAGCUGUCACCGGAGGAGCAACAAAAAAGGCAAGAGAAGGUGGAGUCGAUAAAAAAGAUGCUGACAGGCACAUCGGCUGACCCCAGCAAGAGUCCGGAUGCUGACGAGAAGCGGCAACGGGAGCACUUACUACAAAUGAACCAGAUACUAGCCAAGCAGGUCACUGAGAUGAGCAAAAUCAUCGCCGGAACCAACACCGAACAAGGACCGUCCGCAUCCAACCACUGAUUAGCCAUCUUACAUAACACACCUGCACAUUUCACACAUCCUCAAUCCAUUUCCAUCUCUUCGAACUGGGUACUGCAGCAUUUGUUUGCAAAAUAUUCACUUUAAUUACUUUUUUGCGCCAAACAGGUGAUGUUUGCCCAUUCCUAACAUGAAUCGCUUUAAAUCCUUCAAUAAUGUUACCUAUGUAAGUAAAUUGGCUGACUCGGACGGUUCUUAGAAGAUCCCCACUACCCCGUGUGUUGCGGCAUGGUUUCGUUUUUUGCAUUUUGUUUGAAAGCGUUAGAAGAACUGCCUCAAAAUGGUAAUGCUGACGACUUGGAUGAUCGUUCACCUGACGUAGAACUGCCCAUCUAUCAACAGAGAGACAAUUUUUUCUCCUAGUGCUAGGCAUUAGAGAGGACUUACAUAUUAAUGUACUAGAUAAAAAUCUAGAAAAACUACGUUCAUUGUAAUGACUUAUGAUAUACUUAUUCAAAUUAUCACCCAUGUAAUUGACUAGACUGGUAUUUGGCUGUCUUUGGCAUAGAAAAUCUUUGGCAAUUAGUAGGGUCUAAAAUGUAUCGUAAACCUAGCAUGAAACGCAACCAAGCUCGGCUUUAAAUAAAAGAUAAGCGGUCAAUGUAGAAUGUUCAAUUAAUAGUUGAUAAUGUAAUCGUUUUUUCGUAUGUUUAUAGGUGAUUAUAAAUCGAAUAUUUAAAACAUUUGUAGGCGUAUAUCAAAAUAUUAUUGUUUCUAAUAAUAUAUGAAAUUUACUUGUAAUAAAACGAGAAAAGCUUGAGUUCUGACUGCUUUCGAAAAAAUGAAAAUCAAAUUUAUUUGUUUUUAUACCAGAUAUGUUUAAUACUUUGUGAAUCUCAAUGUUUUUGAUAUUUAUUGUAACUAAAUAUUACAUUAGUCAAUGUGUUUGUUUAUGAAUCGACUGCAAUGCGCGUUCCACAUAUCUAUCACAAUAUCAUAUACAUAUGUACUUACCUAUAUGUAAACUUAAACAUGUAAUUAAUGGCUAAGAAAUAAAUAAAUAGGAAUUGGUAUUUUUUGUAGCAUUUGCUCAAUUUUGCGAACAUUCCUUAGCGAUGUUACUAUAUUUUGUAGAGACACGAGUGACUUAUUAUUUUGGCCAGUUAGAAUGAAAUACCUUUAAAUUCAAUACUUUGAGAGAAAAAGAGUUUCUUGCGUUAUUGCCUCCACUUAAAGGUACCAAGGAGGAUCGUGACAUGCGUAGUCUAAACAUUUGUUUCGUAUGCAGAUAACAAAGUGAAGAGUGACUCAGUUUUGAGACUAGCUAUACUAUACUAUAGUAGGUAGUAGCGGUUUUUAAUGAAGCCAUUUCUUUUGUCAUCAUGUAUCGGUAGCCAAAAAUGGUAACUGUCUUUAUUACUGAAUGAUUUUUACUUUCUUAUUUUUAUAUCAAAAUAACUGUAUGCAGGCUGUAUAUACAUACAUAUAGAUCCUUCUCCUAGACCUCUGAUUGUAUUGGAUUUAAAAGGUAUACAAAGCUUCGAACAAUUUAUUUUGAUAUGUAAUAAAAGUCUUCUAUGUAAAAAUGGCCUUGAAUUGUUACUGUAGACUUAAGAAUAUUAGCUAAAUGUACCUAGAUGACGAUAUAAUGUUACAGUUGCCAUGAUUUUUAAUAGAGAGUGCACAUUUAUAUUUAUAUAAAUAUAAUUAUAAUUUAACAUAACGAAUAACAAUGCGUUUUAGUAUUUAUUUCGUUAAUUUCGAUUCUGUAUUUUAAUGUAAAUAUAAAUUGUAUAUUUAAUUUAAUUUUUUAUUGUACUUAAGUCUUGAUUUUUU